GUGUGUGUGCGGGGUCUCACGCUGUAACGGUGCAGGUGAAGCUGCAACUCCAUCAUGGUGAAGAUCAGCUGUGCGGCAAUAAACGGCGUUAAAGCCGAGAAAGAGGAGCGCGAGGCACCGGAGCACAUCUACAUCCCGCCGCAGCACGUGGGCAUGCUCCGGCGAUCGUCUUUAAGUGGACUCUGUUGUUUGCUCAUUGCUCUCAUCAUCAGUACCUGCAGCCUGGUGUAUGCCUCAAUCUACAUCUACCGCUAUUAUAUCAUCCCUCAGGCAGAUGAGUCUCAGUUCCGGUGCAAUGUGUAUUAUGAAGAUACUCUGAAGGCACCUCAGCACAAUCGGGAGGAACUGCAGGAGAAUGUCAACAUCAACCUGCAGAGCAACUACGAGAGGAUCAGCAUCAAUGCUGACAAAACAAACGCACGCACACGUCCUGCCACCAUUAUACAUGACUUCACCAAGGGUUUGACUGCGUAUCAUGACAUCACUCUGGAUAAGUGUUACAUCAGUGUGCUGAACAGCAGUGUUGUUCUUCCACCAAGGAACCUGUGGAAACUCCUAAUCAGUGUUAAACUGAGGACUGGCAAUGAGGCAUCUUUUCCACAGACAUACCUGGUUCAGGAGGAGAUGGUGGUGUCUGAGAAGGUGAUGAACACACGUGAUCUUGGCGUGUUCAUCCACAAACUGUGUGAGGGAAAACCAACGUAUCAGAUCAGCCGCCGGCUCACACGCCGCCGUAUCACUAAGCGUGAGGAGCAGAUCUGUCACUCCAUUCGACACUUUGAGAACAUGUUUGUAAUGGACACCCUGAUUUGUGAUGCACCUUAAAUAUUAACAUCUCUCUCAUUUCCUCUCUUCAUGACUAGUGUAUUUAUUUCAUGCUUUAACUGAUUUCCUGAUAAAAGUGCUUCCAUUAAUCACCCAGUAGCACUCUGUGUGUGUGUUUGUGUGUGUGUCUGUGUGUGUCUGUCUGUGUGUGUGUUUGUGUGUGUGUGUCUGUGUGUGUGUGUGUGUGUGUCUGUGUCUGUGUGUGUGUGUCUGUGUGUGUGUCUGUGUGUGUGCGUGCGUGUGUGUGUGUGUGUAUGUGUGUGUGUGUGUAUGCUGAUAUUAACUUUCCAUCUUGUGACAAAAGAAGUUAUUUCUGGUGAAAUAUAAAGUCUACUAUUACCAUAAGAACACGUUCACCUGCACAUUGAGACACAUUUUAAAAUAGCAACCGCUGGCUAAAAUUAUCCAUCAAUCUAAAACCCCUCUGACUCCCACAUGUACAUGUAGCAAUCAUAGCUUACCAUUUGGUCAAUGUUACAGUAUAGAAUUGCUCAUUAGCACAGGACCAGUUUAUAUUCAAAAUGUAUGUCUGUGCUCCAUGUAGCACUAAAUACUCUGUAUCUGUGUUCAUCUCUGUAUCAGCAGUUUUGUUUAGUUUUAUUUUUAUUGUUGAAAUAUUUAUUUAAUCUUUAGACUGCAUGAAUCAAACCGAGCCUUCUUCCAAUCUGAGUAUUGUAGCUAAACAUCUGAGCAAAUAAAGAAACUACAGAUUACUACAUUAA